UGCAGGAUUGCACUCGUACUAUGAAGAAGAGACUAUGAAAAGACAAACAUUAGAGUACUUAUCAGAGAAGUUAAAAAGAGUUUGAUGUUCAUACGACAUGCUAACUCUGCAGUGUAACUCCAAAGACUGUGGUUUCACGUGUUCUUCUACAAGUUUAAACCUAAAAUAAUGGCUGGUAACUUUUGGCACAGUUCUCAUCAUCAACAAUGGUUGCUAGAUAAGCAGGAUUUGAUUAGAGAACGACAGUACGAUUUAUCUAUACUUACUGAAGAGGAAUACCAAAAACUGUUCAUAUUUUUUGCAAACUUAAUACAAGUGCUUGGUGAACAACUAAAAUUAAGACAACAAGUUAUUGCUACUGCAACAGUAUAUUUCAAGAGAUUUUAUGCUCGCAAUAGCCUUAAAUGCAUCGAUCCACUAUUACUUGCUCCAACCUCGGUAUUCUUGGCUUCCAAGGUUGAAGAAUUUGGUGUAAUUUCUAAUACUAGACUGAUUUCUACUUGCCAAACAGUUGUUAAGAGCAAGUUUAAUUAUGCCUACACACAAGAAUUUCCAUACAGGACAAAUCAUAUUCUGGAGUGUGAAUUUUAUUUACUUGAACAUCUUGAUUGUUGCUUGAUAGUCUAUCAACCUUAUCGCCCAUUGCUUACUCUAAUUCAAGAUGUAGGUCCUGAUGAUCAACUACUCACCCUGGCUUGGCGCAUAAUUAAUGAUAGCCUCCGCACAGAUGUAUGUUUACUAUAUCCACCCUAUCAAAUAGCCAUUGGCUGUUUACAAAUAGCUUGUGUAAUAUUACAAAAAGAUCUUAAGUCAUGGUUUGCUGAACUUAAUGCAGAUAUGGAAAAAAUUCAAGAAAUAGCCAGGUAUAUUAUUAAUUUGUAUGAAUUAUGGAAAACUUAUGAUGAAAAGAAAGAAAUUCAGACUUUACUGAAUAAAAUGCCUAAACCAAAAGCUGCCCCACAACGUUAAGUGACUUUCCAACCAGCGAGAUUUAUAGAACGCUUGGUUCGAAUU